AUGUUGUGGAUAUUAACCUUGACAGGCACGAUUCUAUCAGCUGAACGUAUCUCGCCUUACAUCUCAGCUAUACUCGACUCAAACUCAACUGUCCUACCAAGACUAAGGUGUCCUGCUCUGAAUGUGGACCGCUAUGGCAUAUUGCAAUCGCAGGGGUCUCCACGAGGCGAGGACAAUCAGGAUCAUAAGAUCGAUUACUUCUUUGCCCUCAACUUACGAAACUGCAAGGACAUUCUUCCGCGAUUAUUAGGAAGCAUUGUCGAAACCGUCCGCUUUCUAGGUACUGAUCGAUGCGCUUUAUCCAUAGUUGAAGGGAACUCACCUGACGGAACCUCUGAUAUCCUCUCGGCUCUUGAUCCCUUCUUCCAAGACCUGGGCCUAAGGUACUUCUACAGCAACUCAAAGAUCAACCCAGCAAAAAGCGCGCGCAUUCGCAAACUCGCCCAGCUGCGCAACUUGGCUCUUCAACCAUUGGUUCAGAAGAAGGUUCCAGUUUCAGACAAUACUACUGUUAUCUUUCUCAACGAUGUGGCUGCCUGCCCAGAGGAUAUCUUAGAGCUCGCUUUGCAAAAGCAAAACUUGAACGCAGAUAUGACCUGUGGGAUGGAUUGGACCUACGCUGGAGAAAAUCCGACAUUCUAUGACGUGUGGGUUUCUAGGACUUUAAAAGGAGAUGGCUUUUUCGAGGUCGGCUUGGAUGGUAAUUGGAACUCUGCGUGGAAUCUCUUCCCAAACGAUUUUGAGACCCGUUCGCGCUAUGAUGCCAAGAAGCCAUUUCAAGUGUUUGCUUGUUGGAACGGUGCAAUUACGAUCACCGCUGCUCCUUUGCUACAUGGCCUAAAGUUCAGAGAUGUUCAUGAGAAGGAGUGUGUACAGGGAGAGCCAACGUUGUUGUGCAAGGAUCUCUGGCAUAGAGGCUAUAGGAAGAUCGCAGUAGUACCGAGUGUGAAUCUUGAAUACUCUGACAAGAGGGCAGCGGAUAUUAAAAAGCUCAAAGGCUAUGUGUCGGAUAUGGUUGAGGACCAGGAAGAUGAUGGUGCGAUCCAAUGGACAUUCGAACCUCCUGAACAGGUCAAAUGUAUGCCGACGUGGGAGAACCAAUUCUGGAGACCUUGGAACGAGACAUUGUAA